AUGGAUGUGGAGCUACCCGACCUCCCUGAGUUUGAUCUUUUGGAUGCCGUCGACGGCCCUACUCAAAUUCCCGAUGAAACGACGACCAGUAGCAGCAAGGUGCUAUUAGAGGAAUGGCGCAGUAAACCCGUGUCGCCGUUGGACGAUGUGGUGGAUGAGAUCAUGGAGAUAGAUGUGCAAUUGGGAGAAGAUUUGCUAUUGGAUGAAAAAAUCUUUUCCAAUGAUGAUCCCUGCUUAUCUCCGACGAGUGCCUUGGAUGACCUUGUCUUUUCCAAUACUUGCUUGGAUGAUAAGGAGUUGACUCUUUUUUCUUAUCCCACAGAUGACAAUAUUAUCAAUUCCACUCCUGAUGUCCCUGAAUCCUCCUCUUCUUCCAAUAUCCCUAGGCCCCCUCCUUCCAUGGCAACCUACAGAAGUCAAACCACUCCUACUGCUACCCCCUCUUCUUCUUCUUCUAUUUCUAUUAAUACUACUACUACAGCUCCCACCAUCCCAACUCCUCAAACGGUAACCAGCAAACAUCAAAUUUGUGCCAUUAUCCCUCCCAAGCAUCCUCAACAACUCCAACAACAACACCAUCAUCCCAAGCCAAAAGCCAGGAGAUCUCCAGUUCCUUCAGUAGCUGCCUCUUCUCCUUCUUCUACAGUGACCACUACUCCUCCUGCCACUACCAGUAGUACAUCCACCACCACUACCAACAGUCCCAAAUCCAGAGCCAAGCCAAAAACAACCAAAAAAGCUACCCUAGCAUAUUCCAAACCAACUGCCAAUGGCAAGCCCCCAGCAGCUGGUACCAGUACCACGACGCCCUAUUAUGCUUAUCCUCCCAAUUACAAAUAUCCACCCAACUACAAGCCUCAUCAUCCAGGCUACAAGUAUCCUCCCAAUUACAAACCCCAUCCGGGAUACAAACAUCCAGGGUAUUCGGCACCACAUCCUCCUAAUUCUACCCGUCCCACUUCUACCACUCCAUCUACAUCUACCCACAGCACCAGCACCAGCAAUACCAAUAAAUCAUCACCACCAACAGCAGCCAGAACCACAGGCGCGACCGCGGGGACCAAGCGGUCGGCCGAAGUGGCUCAUGGGGGUAAUUCUAGUAGUACUAACAGGGGCACAGCACCAACGGCUCAUCCACCACCACCCACCAAAAAACAAAAUUCUACUCCUGCGUCUGCAGCAACUACAGCAGCAACUUCUACUACGACGACCAAAAAACCGGUCGUUCCCAAGACAACCACGCCUCCCAAAAAACCAACUCCUACGACUAGUAGUACUGCCAAACCGCCAGUCACGGCCACGACACCGCCUCCUUCGAGCGUCAAACAUGCCAGUCCCGUUGGUGUCCCCAACGAUACCAGUGGCAAACCCAUUGAUGCACAAAAGUUUCGAACAUCCUUGCGAAAAUUGAGUGAAUCUAUUUGUCGGAGUCAGGAAUCACGCAGAUCGUUGCACAUGAAGACCCCCAAGACAGAAAAGUACGAACGAUCCAAGUCCGUUUCCAAGGUUCUCAACUCGGUCGAACAGUCGACACGACAGGUGCAGACGUAUCUGUAUCAUCAUGGUAGUCCAUGUUACCAUCAUCAUCGUCAUCCACCACCUCCUCGAAAGCAGCAUCCCACUACCGCAAAGCCAAAGAUGAGUACGGCAGCGGCCGCCGCCGCGGCGGCGCACCACAAGAAUACCAGCACCAAGAUUCUUCCCAAAUCGGCGGCGGGUAGCAAGACUCACACUCCGGUGCUCCCCAAGCCCAAGGCGCCUCCGACUGCAACCAAGACUCACACACCCGUCUUGCCCAAGACCGCCGUGGCGGCAAAGGCCACCACUACCAAGGCGCCGCCCCGAGCAGCCUCGAGGUCCACAACGGGCGCUGCCAAUAAUAAGGCGCCUCGCUUGGUCUCCACUACACCCGUGGGUCCUCCCAGUGUGAGCCCCAAUGCGGCCACGUCUCCCACGUCGUCUCCCAAGCCAACCGUGUAUCCUCGACCCACCACCAAUAACACCAAGGGUGCUGCUGCCGCUGCCUACACGUAUCCACCACCUCCUCCGUACAGCGGUCAAGCUGCCUCCAAGAACGGUACCGCGUCUAGCAGCUAUAGUAGCUAUUACCACCACUACCACCAUCAUCACGCUGCCGCUGCGGCUGCUGCUUCCGGAUCUCCCAAUAACAACAGCAACAAGGGAAACACUACCAAGGACGGACGGACACAAGGGAGCUUCUGGAUACAGCUAUCCUCCAGCGGCGCAUCCUGGGGCCAAGGGGUAUCCCGCGACGACUCGUCCCGCCACCACGGCCAUUGCUCCCAAGACAAAAACCACUACUCUACUACUACGGCUCCUACUACUAGCAGCAGACCCGCCGCCAUUGCCCCCGCACCGACGGCCAACAACUCGACUACUACUAGCCAGUCCGCCGUCACGUAUGUCCGGGCGGCCCCCAAGAGUAAUACUCCCGUGGUGGUGUUGCCACCCAAAAAUACUACGGCGGUAUCUCCCAAUGCGGCGGUGGUUCCUGCCAAGACGACGCCAUCCUCUGUCUCUCCCAAUGCGGCCGUGGUUCCUGCAAAGAGUACAGUGGUGCCAACAGCAUCUGUUUCACCAAACGCAGAGUUUUCCCGCAAAGAGCACUGCGGUUCCCCACAAAAGACAGCAGUUGUUCCUGCAUCUGCAGUUCCUGUAAAGACGACUGCGGUUCCCCAACAAAAGACAGCAGUUGUUCCUGCAACGGCUCGUUCCCCGAACGCGGCAGUGGCGCCCGCGAAAAUUGCUGUGGUGCCUACAGCAUCGGUUCCACCAAAGGCGGCAGUUGUUCCGCCAAAGAUUGCCGUGGUUCCAAAGGCAGCAGUGGUUCCGCCAAAGACGACCGUCGUUCGUGCUACGACGGCUUCGCCCAAUGUCACUGUGAUUCCGGCAAAGAGUACAGCUGUUCCAUCCAAUAUGGCACAGAAUACGACGGUCUUGAAGUGCCCAGUAAUGCCUCCAAAAGUGACACCCACGGGAAGUCCUACCAGUCAGAAAGUGGCGGUAGCACAAAGAGUCGCUGUCAUCCUGCGCCUCCAAAGAUGA